GAAUGGAAAAAUCGUUGGGACGGCCAUUAAUGCAGCAAGCACACAUGCUUCCACUCCUCAGAAGAACCUCCUCACUUCUUCCCUCAAUCUUCUCAUCCCUAACCCCUCAUUCCUCCUCUCCACUCCCACUCUCUCUCUCUAAACUCAUCAUCAUGGAAAUCCCCAAUUCGGGGCUUUCCGGGAGGCUCGUGGUUUUGGCCCAACAGCUGCGCCUCUACAAGCCCCCGCCGACAUCGGAUGAUGACGAUGAGGAGGAGCAGAGGAUGGAGGAGAGCGCAGAGAAAGUCGUUGCGAAGGUGGGAUUCCCGGAAUCCGCUACUUCGGCGGCGCAAGUGCGGACUGCCGAGCGCUUCAGCCCGAAAAGGGCGGCGGUUCUGAUCUGCCUCUUCGAAGGGGAUGGUGGCGAGCUUAGGGUUAUUCUCACUAAGCGAUCGUCGCAGCUCUCGACUCAUUCUGGUGAAGUGUCGUUGCCGGGAGGGAAAGCGGAGGAGGCGGAUGCCAAUGAUGCCGAGACAGCAACGAGGGAAGCGAAAGAGGAGAUAGGGCUGGAUCCUUCGCUUGUUAAUGUGGUUACUUGCCUCGAACCAUUCUUAUCGAAGCACCUCCUCAGGGUGAUUCCUGUUAUCGGCAUACUUUCCAACAAGAAAGACUUUAAUCCUUCCCCAAAUGCCGCUGAAGUAGAAGCUGUUUUCGAUGCUCCCUUGGAAAUGUUCCUCAAGGAUGAGAAUAGAAGAUGUGAAGAACGAGUGUGGAUGGGCGACAAGUAUCUGAUCCACUAUUUUGAUUAUGAAAUAGACAACAAGAAGUAUGUCAUUUGGGGUUUAACUGCCGGAAUUUUGAUUAGGGCAGCUUCGAUCGUGUAUCAGAAGCCGCCUGCUUUUACAGAGCAAAACCCCAAAUUCAAAGUUCCAAGUGGUGUGCUGAAAGACACUACCUUGCCUUAAGAUAGCCAGAUAUGUUCAUAACUUCAUAUACUACCCCCUGUUGUGAAAAAGCAAUCUAGAUUCGAUUCACAAACAUUUCCUAAUCGGUAUUCUAAUUGCUCAAAUAAUCCUAUUUCAUCAUCCUAAUAAUAAACCUGAGACGGGCCAGACUUUUGAUCAACGCUAGCACAGGAUAAAUAAGUUUGGGAGCAUACUUACCAGAAUGCUUCUGAUAAGAACCUAUUCAAUUGUGUGAACAUGAUGGAUCUUUGUAGAGUGGCAAUGGUUUUAGCUGCUGAGAAGUCGAUUGGAACUAUGAGGUUUGCCGUUUGCACCACUAUACAAAUCAGCUGAUCACAGUACUGUUGUUGAAUUUGAUGAACUCAGUACUUCUUACAUUGAUGUUAGAAGUUGAGAAAUGAUUAGUUCUAGGUGCUGGGGUGGGACGACUAGUUAAAAACAUCCAUUUGUUAGCAAAGCUCAAAUUUGAUGACAAAGGUAUGCUUUGUUGUAUUUGUGGACCCAAAACUGCUUAAUUCGCGUAAAGUAAGCUGCUAUCGAAGUUAUGUUAUGAAGCACGUUUCUUGAUUA